AUGGCGUCAGCCUAUUCCGUGGUCUACGUCUUUGUCGCUGCUGAGGCACUGGAGCUGCAUGGUGUUCUCUUGGCUGGUGUGGACAGCGAACAGAGGGUGUGCUACUCCGGUCCCCCUCCGGAACCUGAUCCUGAUAAUCCGGAUGACUGGAUGAAGCAAGUCAUGCAAGAGAUACGGAAGCGUUGCCCGGGAAAGAGGGAACCUACCCCAGCUGAGUGCGUGAGUCACGCCUUGGGCAUGGAAGACAGGACGAUCCCUGACGGUUGCAUCAAGGCGUCCAGUCAAUACUACACUAAUUGUUGCCCAGCCAGUAAGGCACGCCUCAAUAAUAACAAAAGAUGGAUACCCUAUAGUGACGAUGCCAAUCCCUGGAUCGAGGUGGACCUCGUUGGGAGUGCAGUGGUGACAGGUGUCAUCACACAAGGCUACAGUAGUCAGUUUGUGACGCAGUACAAGGUGUCAUAUCAGAAGCAUCCCUCAACUUACUAUGAUCACGUGGAAGAUGGACACGGAAACAUCAAGGUGUUCAUCGGCAACACUGAUGGCAACACACCGGUCACUAACCUGUUUUAUCAGAGUGUGGUAGCGACGGUAGUGCGCAUUAAGCCUACUAAGUGGCAGACUUUGUGUUCUCUGCGAUUGGAGCUGCUUGGAUGUCGCCCUUGCUCCACCGAAUCGGCCUCAGAGGUUGAGGCCUCGGCCUGGGAAGUUGUGGCCUCGGCCUUGGCCAAAACCUCCGAGGCCUAG